AUGGAGGCGGGGAUUAGGAGUCGGCUACAACACAAGGGAUGCGGAAAGUGGUGGGAGAGAGAUGAUUAUUCCAUUCAUAUAAUUCCAAUCAAGUCCUCCUUUUCUUUCUUUUUAUCCAAUAUUGGAUUGCAGUCAGCUGUGGAAGAAAGAAGCACUUUGAUUGGUUCAAGGCCAAGACAGAGGGUUGAAUCCAAAGAUAUGUUGGAAGAUCGGCCUAGUUUGGUUUCAAGGGACUAUCUAAUUAGAACCUGUGAGCAAGAAAGCAACUGGCCUUGCAUGAGUUAUAGAGUGGAAAAAAUUGAUGUUCAUUGUGGCAAGCGACCAUUAGAAAGCAAUGGAGAGGAAGAAGGUGCUAGAAAGACAUCUACUCGCUCCAGCGAUCAUUUGGAUACAGCUCUAUCAAUUGGUGGGAUUCUAAUGCUAACUUCUAACCAAUCUGGUAAUCAGCGGCAUGCAGGGGAUAAUUCUGAUACCAGUUCCCUAAUUCCUGCUAUUGGUCACGACAACUCUGUUAAUUGUCUCAGUCGGUGCUCGAGAUCUGAUUACGGUGAUUAUGCAUCUUUGAAUCGAAGCUUUCGCUCGCUUAUUAGAAGUGCUGAGCUAUAUAAAACUAGGCGUAAAAAUGGUGUGGUUGAGCACUGGGUUUAUUUUUCUUGCCAGCCGCUUGAAUGGGAAGCCUUUGACCUGAGUCGUCGUCGUUGGAUGCGUAUACCAAGAAUGGAUCCCAAUGAAUGUUUUGGUUUUUCUGAUAAGGAAUCUUUGGCUGUCGGCACCGAGCUUCUUGUUUUUGGGAGGGAUCUUAUGUCUCAUAUCAUUUAUCAAUACAGUUUGUUAACAAACUCUUGGUCAUCUGGCAUGAGCAUGAUUGCACCUAGGUGUUUGUUUGGUUCCGCCAGCCUUGGUGAGAUCGCAAUAUUAGCUGGUGGUUGCGAUGCACGUGGUAAUAUCUUCAGUUCUGCAGAGCUCUACGAUUCCGAAAUGGGAACUUGGAAGACACUCCGAAGUAUGAAUAAACCAAGGAAGAUGUGUUCAGCAGUAUUCAUGGACGGGAAAUUUUAUGUAAUCGGAGGAGUUGGAGGAAAUGAUUCAAGAGUUCUUACAUGUGGAGAGGAAUAUAAUUUGGACACCGAAACAUGGACUGAAAUUCCCAACAUGUCCCCUGUGCAACCUGGUGCAGCAGGGGAAUUUGAUGCACAGGCUACAUCUGUAGCACCACCUUUGAUUGCAGUUGUAAAUAAUGAAUUGUAUGCGGCUGAUUGUGCUGACAUGGAGGUGAGAAAAUAUAACAAGGAGAAUAGAGUGUGGGUUACCAUAGGGAGAUUGCCAGAACGAGCAGCUUCUAUGAACGGUUGGGGUUUGGCAUUUAGGGCAUGUGGAGAUAGGCUUAUUGUAAUUGGGGGACCUCAGACAGUUGGUGGAGGAUAUAUUGAAGUAAAUUCAUGGGUUCCAAGCGAAGGUCUGCCACAAUGGGAUUUGCUUGGCCGAAAGCAAUCUGGUAGUUUUGUUUAUAACUGCGCGGUGAUGGGAUGCUGA